AAAAUUUUUGUUGGAAUAAAUAAUUUUUAAUAAUUAAUUGGAUAAUUGCAAUGUCAUUCCUAUUGAUUUAUUUAUCAGUUGAUUCCAUUAUUGAUAUGAUUUUGUACAAUAUCAGAUUAGCAAAUCUAAAAUAUUUGAUGAUGUGCCGUGACUAAGUAAUAUAUAUAUACUAUUCUAAUCUUUUCUUACAAUAUCCCUGACUCAUUUUGACUAAAUUCAAAUGUCAUUCAAAUUAAAUUCCUAUAUUUCAAUAAAUUGAUUAAAAAAAUGGUUUGGAAGUAGAAAAAUUAAGUCAGAAUUUUGUUCAGUUAUUUGUAAUGCAAAUUUAAUGUCUUGGAGAAUUCUCCAAAUGAUGGUAUCAUACUGUGACGUACCAUCUUCUAGUAGUUAACCAUUAUACAUCAGCUGAGUGGUGAGGAGUCACGGCGCAUACUGACUGGGCUAGAGUGCACUUAGUGUGUGUAGUGUAUGUGUGGCAUGUCAUCAGCUGAAACGACGGCCGCCGCGGGUAGUGAAGACGCCCAGGUGCUCCUCGAGCUCCGUCGCACUAUAUCGCUUGGCGUCGCCAGGUUGAGCGAGGAGAAAGAGCGGGCGCCGUGUCUGCCGGAGUCACGGGAUAGCAGUAGCAGCAGCACUAUGUGGACAACGCGCCGCCGUGUGACGCUUGAUGUGCUGCUGGUAUGCUGGGGGCUAGGUACUUGGCUCGGUGUCAAUGGCCUGUUUGUGGAGCUACCGGUGCUCAUAGAGGGGCUACCCGAAGGCUGGACGUUACCUUCCGCCAUGGUUCUUGCUGUGCAGUCGGCUAACAUCGGUCUACUUAUCUACGCAUUGCUGCGCAACUUCUCGCGGAUCUCUGAUAUCCAUUGUAUCUACGGUUUGCUCACUAUCGGUACAAUCGCCCUAUUCCUUAACUCAUUCCUCUACACGAAGACCGCCUUCAUCGGGGGCACCGAGAGAUCUAUAGCUUUUUUGGCUUUAACGUUUUUUGUCGCCCUCGUCGGCUGCACAAGCUCGGUGCUGUUCUACCCGUACCUGCGGCACUACCGCGACAUAUACCUCGCUACGUACCUGAUAGGCGAGGGGCUUGGCGGGUUCACGCCUUCCGUUCUGGCGCUUAUACAGGGCGUCGGAGGUGAGGUGGAGUGUGUAUUGAAGCCUGAUAACUCAAGUUACAUUGCGGUGCGCCCACCUCCACUCUUCGAUUCCACCGUCUACAUCACGCUUCUCGGUCUGCUGUCGACCAUCAGUCUCAUCAGCUUCUGCAUUCUGCACAACUACUCUGGUUUUGCAUCGGAACGCGUAAAAGAGGGUGCGGUGGCUAAAGAGGACGAAGCAGCGCCAAGAGAGUCGCUACUGCAACCGCAAUGGGUCGGGGUGAUGGUUUUAGCGGUAGUCUUAAACGCGGUCAACAACGGCAUAAUGCCAUCAGUGCAGUCUUAUUCGUGUAUGCCGUACGGCAAGCGCGCCUACCACUUGGCGGCGACAUUGGGUUCAAUGGCUAACCCAAUGGCGUGCCUCGCUGGGGUGUGGCUGCGACCUUUGGCGGGCCGUUACCUAGCGCCGCUUUUGGCGUUGAGCGCGGCACUUUUCGGCUUUAUCCUAUUGACGGCGGUGCAGAGCCCGACCCCGCCGAUGGCGGGUAGCAACCGGGGCGCAGUAAUAGUGAUAUGUUGCUGGGUGUUGUGCAGUGGUCUAGUGUCGUAUGGCCGUAUGUGGGUGUACGGGUGGUCGCGACGCGGAGGAGCUCGCGGCAUGAGGAUAUGCGGUGCGUUGGGACAGGUGGGCUCGGCCUUAGGAUCGCUCGCGUUUUAUGCUCUCAUAAACUACACCACCUUUUUUCAACAGACGCCCGACUGCCCCGCGCAGACUAUAUAGCGGGCCCUCUCGGGUGCAGCAGUGGUCCGGGAAAGAUGACUUUCUUCGAUAUUGUAUCUUUAUGAGAAUUUUAUGAUUGUUUAAAAGUGAGGUCUUUUAUAUUAUGCUCAAACGAGUUUUGUCUAUAUAAUAUAAUGUUGGCUCGUAGACUUAGUUGUAAGUAGGUAAUUAAAAUUAUAAUAAAAAUGACUAGAUAU